AUGUUUGCUAUUGGCUUGGGAAGUGAUAUUGACGUAAACGAACUGAGCGAUGUCGCCACAGACCCUGACUGCACCCACGUGUUCCUGGUUCAAGAUUUCUCCAAGAUUGAAGACUUGAAGCAACAAAUGCAGGAGGCAACGUGUAAAACUAAAAUCCAAGUGCCAGAGAUCAACGGUAAAUCCAAUCUGUCUAUCACCAGAGAAGUGUCCUGUGAGUUACAAGUGGGAAACAGCUGCGAGAUAACGACCAAAACGUACACCAGCCAUGUCAGCAGUACAGAAAACUUCAUGACCAAGGUCAACUGUGGCAAUGCUACCUUGUACGCGUCCUACAAUAACCCUAACCCAGGUGUGGCUUACUACGAGAUAAAGUCUGUGACAACCCAUGGUAAUGCGGGGAAGACAGAUCUUCUUCUUGAAGAUGGAAAGACGGUGCGUAUCACUGUAGAGGGACAUCCAUUCCGUCUGGGAUUUAACAGUGCAAAUGGUAACAUAUUCUGCGAGGCAAUGGAGACAGUUGUUCCAGCCCAUAAAGUGUCUUGGGAAUUCCCAAACCCUUGUACGAGAAAGAACCUUCUUGACGGUCAGCUGAACUUCCCACAUCCCCACUAUCUCGACAAGUAUGUAAUGUGUGACUUUACCGGUAAAGUUUACGUCGUCCAGUGUCCCAAGGGUCACAUGUACAACCACGUGACACAGACGUGUGGUCUUGGGACGGGCACCUCCUGGAGCAUCAACGGUACAAGAGUCCCCUUGGGAUCCGAUCUGACCAACCCCUGCACAGUGGAAGCCAUACUGGCAGGCCACAUGCUCUUUCCGCACCCUCACGACAACACAAAAUUCAUCAUCUGCGACGUCUGGGGUAAAGCGUGGGUCAGCGAUUGUCCGGAAAGCUACAUCUGGAAGCCCAAAGACAGUCAUUGUGAGGCAGAGAGCUCGAUGGGUCACCUCCAAGGUCCAAGCGUCACUGUCGUAUAA